AAGAGAGGGAGAAGAUGAGAUACAUGCUGCGGUAGACAGCGAUGAAUCUGUCACCGCGAUGUACUUUCCGUGUAAAUUUUUGCGAUUUUGAUCUCUAAGAAAACCCAUUUUUCCAGUGAAACAAGAACAUAGUUGUACAUGAAAAGUGAUGGAAAUUAAGAUAUUCCUCGUGGCACUGUUUCUUCGCACAGUCGCUUCAUUCUACGUUCCGGGUGUUGCUCCUGUGGAGUUUGUCCGGGGCCAGAAGAUUGAUGUGAAGGCAGUCAAGAUGACCAGCACACACACCCAACUGCCCUACGAGUACUACUCACUGCAGUUUUGCCUACCAAAGAAUGGGACGCUGGAGUACAAAACGGAAAAUUUGGGUGAAGUUCUCAGGGGGGAUCGGAUUGUCAACACCCCAUACGAGGUGCGGAUGGCAGAGAAUAUUCCCUGCAAGUUGCUCUGCAAUGAGAAAGAUCGUCCACUCAAUUGGGAUCGACAGCAAUCACUUAAAGUGGCGCAGAGGAUAAAACACGAAUAUUUCGUGCAUCUGCUUGUGGACAACCUCCCAGUGGCAACGAGGAUAAUCAAUCCGGAUUCCAUGGAAGUGCAAUUUGAGCAUGGAUAUCGUUUGGGGCAGGUUGAAGCAGAUCAUGCCUUCAUCAACAACCACCUGAAACUUAUCCUUUCCUAUCACAUGCCCACAAAGGACAAGUACAGGGUUGUAGGCUUUGAAGUAGAGACGCUCUCUGUAAAUUCCAAAGAUCUUCGAUUUGACGGAGGUAUCUGUAUCCUUCCGGAUAAUCCCAAACCACAGGAGGUGAGCCUCUCCAGCAACACUCAGCUGUACUUCACGUAUUCCGUGGAGUGGAAGGAGAGUGCUGUGAGCUGGGCAUCACGCUGGGACAUCUACCUGGGCAUGAAUGAUGUUCAAAUUCACUGGUUUAGCAUCAUUAAUUCACUAGUGGUUGUCUUCUUUCUCUCCGGUAUCCUCACGAUGAUUAUGGUGAGGACACUGAGACGCGAUAUUGCGCGCUACAACACUGACGACAGCUUCGAGGAUGCCUUGGAGGAAACUGGCUGGAAGCUUGUUCACGGCGAUGUCUUCCGGCCACCGCGACAUCCGCGUCUCUUUGCCGCUGUCAUUGGCAGUGGUAUCCAAAUCUUCUUCAUGGCUCUCAUUACCAUCUUCUUUGCCAUGCUGGGAAUGCUGUCGCCUGCCUCCAGGGGUGCCCUUAUGACCUCGGGGAUUUUCUUGUAUGUCUUCAUGGGGCUCAUUGCGGGUUACUUCUCAGCGCGCCUCUACAAAACCAUGAAGGGACGAGAAUGGAAGCGGGCUGCAUUCCUCACGGCUACUCUCUAUCCGGGAAUUGUUUUUGGCACGGGCUUCUUCCUCAACUUCUUUAUUUGGGACAUCCAUUCGAGUGGUGCAGUUCCUUUUAGUACGAUGCUGUCGCUUCUCUGCCUGUGGUUCGGCAUCUCCCUGCCACUCGUCUACCUUGGCUACUACUUUGGGUACAGGAAGCAAGCGUAUCAGCAUCCCGUGCGCACAAAUAUGAUUCCACGGCAAGUUCCGGCACAGCAGUGGUACAUGAAUGUGGCUCUUUGCACGCUAAUGGCGGGAAUUCUUCCCUUUGGCGCUGUCUUCAUUGAACUCUUCUUCGUAUUCUCAGCCAUUUGGCAGAAUCAAUUUUACUACCUUUUCGGAUUCCUUUUCCUCGUUUUCUGCAUCCUCGUUGUGAGCUGUGGACAAAUUUCCAUUGUCAUGACGUACUUCCAGCUGUGUGGCGAAGACUACCGAUGGUGGUGGAGAACCUUCAUCGUAUCCGGCGGCUCGGCUGUGUACAUCUUCUUCUAUAGUAUCUUCUACUUUUUCACAAAACUCGAAAUAACCGAGUUCAUACCCACCCUCCUCUACCUUGGCUACACUGGGCUAAUGGUGGUGACUUUCUGGUUACUCACGGGCACCAUUGGCUUCUUCUCCGCCUACAGCUUCAUCCGCAAGAUCUAUGGCGCCGUGAAAAUUGACUGAAGACAACCUACGCAGCAUGAGGAUUACAUUUCUUCUCGAUUUUAUCCUCUUUUUUGGCAACAUUCGCAAACCCAGUCAUGCAUUUUCCUCGACUCUCCCCCCCCUCGCCCUUACUCCAAUUUCCUUUUUAAUUUAACUGAUUAAAUUACAUUUAAUAUAUUAUAAAUGCGAAUUGUGUAACCUCUAAAAAACAGUAGAAUUAGAGCAAGAAAAAAAACGAAGUAAAUUUAUUGUAAUAAAAAAUGUCUUUUAUUUUUUAAAAAUCAUUAAAAAAUGUUUUUGGCUUUUUGGGAAA